AAUCAGACAUGGAUACGAGUGACAAAAAGGGUCCUAUUACACUGAAAAUAAUCCUCAUAGGAAACUCUGGGGUGGGAAAAUCCUCCGUCAUGAACAGAUACGUGAAUCACCGCUUCACCAACAUGUACCGGGCCACUGUGGGGACCGAUUUCCUCUCUAAAACAAUCAACAUAGAUGGGGACACAGUCACGCUGCAGAUCUGGGACACAGCAGGCACAGAGAGGUUCCAGUCUCUGGGUACACCUCUGUACAGGGGAGCUCACUGCUGCGUGCUGGUGUUUGAUGUCACAUCCAAGGCCAGCUUCUCUGCUCUGGAUGGGUGGAGGAAGGAGUUUUUGAUCCAAGGGGAACCCAAGGAUCCUUCUGAUUUCCCUUUUAUUGUACUGGGCAACAAAACGGAUCUGAGCGACCGAGAGGUGUCUGACAAACUGGCCCGGCAGUGGUGCGAGGAAAUUGGAGCUGAAUACUUUGAAGGAAGUGCCAAAGAAGAUCUGGAUGUAGAGAAGCCGUUUUUGAGAGUGGCUCAGCGUGGCUUACAGCAGUACAAAAAACACACAUUGGAAAAUACAGGACAUUUCCAGAUAACCUGCAAACAGCCGAGAGAAACUCGCAACACCUGUGAGUGCUGAGAGGCGCACUCGUCCCAGUGUGGAAGGGGAAAGUUCAGAGACCUCGGCACUGCUGAUGAGGACCUAUCUAACGAGGGUGCAAAAAUAGUGACCCAGCAAAGGUACUGUGGAAGGAAAGGACACAAUUGUAUACCACAUGGAGAGAGGAACAAACUCAUUAAAUGUUUUUUCUUCUUUUUUUUUUUUUUCUGAGAACCUUCAGCUUAUGGUCUAACUUAAGGCAUCACUACUAAAAUACACUGCUUUUUUGCAUGCAUGUCUAGUUUUGUUCAACAGACACACCGACACGCACAAAAUUAUGAAUGCAUAUGAAGAGAAAGUUUUCAUUUCUAGAAAGUAAUCGGGAGAAAUCACAAACAGAACCCGAGGUACGGGCCAGAGAAAAAGCGGCAAACCCGGGCUCUCAUCUUCAUGGCCGUCGUUACCAUCACAACUGAAUCCACUCUUACAAAGUAGAUAUACACUCAUGUCCAGUCAGAAACCUCCUCCCUGUACAAGUUUUGUAUUGUAAUGAACCUAGCAGUGAUUCG